UUUUCCUUCCCCGUCGUCCCGUUCACUCCACAGCGCAGCAGCACGGCGUGGCCAACUGAUCGUUCGUUCCCGCAUCGGAUCUGGCCAGGAGUCGGACACGUGUAAUACACUUGCAGUUUAUCUGUUCGCCGUCCCUCCCGCUCUUAUCUAGCAUUCCUCUCUGAAAUCCGGUUGAGGUGUUUUUAGAAACAACCGUCCGUGCCGCCUCCCAUCGCCGUCUGCUUGCGCCUUCCGCUUUCCGGCUUCCGCGUUUUGCCUUCCGCCUUCCGCCUUUUGCCGUCCGCCUUCCGCUUUCCGCCUUCCGCCGUGUGCGCGUGCCCGGCACCGCCUGUCGCCAUGACGGCUUGCUUACUGCGAGCGCUCGGCGCUUCGAGUACGAACUUCGUAGCGGGAUGUAACAGGCUCGCGCUCGCUUCGUCCACGUCAUCUCGGCCUCUGCUGACGCUGCGCCGAUCUGGCCAGCGCGCUUUCCAC